GGGAGGCGCCGCCGCCGCCGCUGCGCAGGGAGCAGCAGCUGCUGCGCCCUGACACAUCCCCCCGCUGCCAUAUUGCGUGCGCCGCCCGGCCGCACGGCUUCAUGAGCGCGACCAACAAAACUAAAUGGGUCCAGUCACUGGAAUGACUCCAGAUAAGAAAGCUGAAACACCAGGAGCAGAAAGAGCUGCAGGAUUAAGACAGUUUCACAGAAUGGGAAGUUUACCCGAAGCAGUUGAUGCUGGUAGGCCGAAGGCCACUGUUGUGGACAGCGAUUCCACAGACGAUGAGCUCACAAAUUUGAACUGGCUACAUGAAAGUACUAAUCUUCUAACAAACUUCAGUCUUGGAAGUGAGGGUCUUCCGAUUGUUAGCCCUUUAUAUGACAUUGAGGGUGAUAGCGUGCCAUCCUUCUCACCUUCUUGCUACCAGAAUCCAGAAAAAAAAUCAGCCACUUCCAAACCCCCUUACUCUUUUAGCCUUCUCAUUUACAUGGCUAUUGAACAUUCUCCAAAUAAGAGCUUGCCAGUCAAAGAAAUCUACAGCUGGAUUCUGGAGCGCUUCCCAUACUUUGCCACAGCACCUACAGGGUGGAAGAACUCAGUCCGACACAACCUUUCCUUGAACAAAUGUUUCCGAAAGGUGGAGAGAAGCCAUGGCAAGGUGAAUGGAAAAGGUUCCUUAUGGUGCGUUGAUCCAGAAUAUAAGCCUAAUCUUGUACAAGCACUGAAAAAGCAACCUUUUCCCUCAGCACUUGCAUUUUAUACUCCACCAGCAUCACCGCCAAGUAGGUCAUCAUCUCCUCAUUACCUAACUUCAGUACUUAAGCAGAGUCAUGGCCGAUCUCUCAAAGAAUCUGAUAUUGAUGCUGCUACUGCAAUGAUGCUAUUAAAUACUUCCAUUGAACAAGGGAUGUUAGACUGUGAGAAACCUCAGCCUCUGAAGACACCUAAGAAGAGGAGUUAUGGCAGUGCGUUUAGUUCUUCCAGUUCCAUAAAUUUACAAGAUGAUGAUUCUGCAGCCACCAAUAUUGAUCCAAAGGAGGAUCACAAUUACAGUGCUAGCAGCAUGGGUUCACAACGCUGUGCAUCUAGAUCCAGUGUGUCUUCCUUGUCCUCUGUUGAUGAAGUGUAUGAAUUUAUCUCCAAGAACAGCCAUGCUGGGAGUGAUGGCAGUGAAGGAUUUCACAGUGAAGUGGAUACAGACGUUGAUUAUGAAGAUGAUCCUCUUGGAGAUAGUGGCUAUGCAUCACAACCUUGUGUAGAUACCUCUGACAAAAGUCAGCCUAGCAACAAAGCACUCAAGGAGUUAUGUCAAGAAAUUGAUGAGGAGUUGAAAGAAGCAGCAGGGUCUCUGCUGCACCUUGCCGGCGUCCGAACGUGCUUGGGUUCCUUAAUAAGUACUGCAAAGACCCACAGUCACAAGCAAAGGAAAAAAUAGUAUGUCUGUCAGUGCUGAAUAUAUACAUAUAUUUUUUUUAAGUGUGGCAAUACUCUUCUACUUUUACCCUUCACAAGGGAGAUCAAAGCCAUAAGAGGACUCAUUUGCUUUUUUAUUUUUUUGGGCGCUAAUUAUAAUUUAGCCAUUUAUUUUUAAAUCACUGCCUAAAGGAAAAAAAAAUUAUUUAAUCUUUUCAAAUUAGAAGAGGUGCAUGACUUGUGAAAACCUGAAAGCAUACUUCUUAAUGAUCACUUUUUUCUUUUAUUUUCUUUUCAGUAGUUGAAUAUUUCCACAGAUACAUUCAUUCAGAUGCACGCUGUGGAUCAUAUUUACCUCUUUGCCAGCCCUUUCUGCAGAGGUGAAUUUUGCCCUGUCUAAGGGCUGUGACUUCCAUGUAAAGGAUUAAAAAGGAGGAGACAAAAAAGGGGGGGAUGACAAAAACAAAUGUCUACAGAGAUUCUUGCCUCAGCUGCCUCCUCACACUCAAUUUUCUCUUCUGCUCUUGUGAUACGUGUCCUGGGGAAUUGCUUGUGAAGCAGCUUGGAGUGGCUGCAGUUUUCACCCCAUCUAACUAUCUCAUACAAGGAGUGAAAAACAGUACUGGUGUAAGGAGCUGCUUUUAGCAAGAUGUUAAGUAGUCCCUGCAGAGAGAAAGGAAGGAGCCUAAACCCUCCCUAGAAGAGUGGGUAAGGGGUAGCUGAGAUGUGUAUUACCAUGAGCUUUCUUUUUUUUCCAAAUCUACCUUACGCGGCCAUUUCACCUCAAGACAAAUUGUCUUGUGCAUAUGGGGGGGAAGGGGAGAUUUUCACACCGGUGUGCACACAGUCACAAUCCUUGGAUGUAGCAAACGUAGUGAAAGCUGCCACUUAACAAAUUUGAUGUUGUCCUUGUUUUAUCCUCACUGUUGAAUAUUCAGUAGCUGCAUUAGAAAGUUCUGCUGGUUGUUCCAGUGCAACACCCACAGUUACUCUCUUCUAUAGAGGAGCAGAAUUCAGGAACAAAAGAAUGCAAAAGUUGGUGCUGUUUACAACAUGAACGAAGUGGAGGUUUUAGGUGGCUAGAUUGUGAAUGACAGUCUGAUCUGGCAAAACAGAAAGAAUAGCUUCUUUUUUGAAUUGAUGAACCCUGAAUUGUUUUUUGGUGCUUUUUUUGCCCCCCUUCCCACCAGCACUCUGUGGUUAUUGUGACAUUGGCUGUCCAUACCUUUCGUUUCCCAGAUCAGUGUGCCUUGUGCUGUGCGAAUCCUUUCAGCCUCCUGUGAUAUAAUGUGCAUCUAAUAAGCAGGACUUUAGCUUAUGGGUGUACGUUGUAAAUCUGGAGGACAUUUUUGUUUCGAGAUCCUUCACAAUUCAUUUUUGCAAUUAAAAAAAAAUCUCUUUAUAAUGCCCAGACAUCUUUUGGCCAAAAAUGUUUCAAAGGUAUGAUGUUUUUCUUUUUUCUUUUAUAAAAAGUGGUGAUUGCUUACAUCUUCCAGUAGAUGAUGGCUUUUUCUUUAAAAAAAAACAAAAAGAAAGUUGUUUCUGUGGGGUUUUUUUAGUUAUUUAAUUUUCUGUGCAAGAAUGGGCAUGCAGCUCUGUUGGAGUGGGUUUUAACAGUACUAUAAGAAUGCCUUAAGUAUGUUUUGGAAUUGCAUACAAUGAUAAAAAGUCGUCUUUCCUGUCUCUGAAAGGUAGCAUGAUGUGCCAUAAAUUUAAGCUAUUGUUGCCAGCAGGUGUUGGGUAAAGUGGUAUAGAGUUAGGAGCAACGAGAGCCAGGUAGGAAACCAAUGUCCACUAUUUUGGUUGUUGAAAACAGUAAUGGAUUCAACUAAAAGCUAAGCUUUUACUAAUGGAGUAUUUUGGUGGCUAUUUGGAGGCCCAACUUCCAUAUAUCAGUGGGGUAUUUUUGUUUUGUUUUGUUGGGGUUUUUUUGGUCUGUUCAUAAAUACUGCCAUAAACUGUCUACUUUAAUAUGAAUACAACCAUGCUGCUGAAGGUCAUUGCUCUGAGGGCCUAUUUCAGUGCCUCUUGAAGACAAUGGUGGUGCUCCUAUUGAUUUAAUGGUUAUUGGAUCAAGCCUGAGAUAUUUGAGGUUAUUUUUUAGUGUAUUUUGGAAUUUAAAGCCAAUUUUUUUUUAAGUGCAAACCCUAUAAAGUGUUCUUUUUUGAUUAUUUCAGUUUUAAGAAUGAUUUAUUUUAUUUCUUGAAAGAGAAGAAAGACUCGGACACUCUGUGUGAACACCAAUUAUGCUAUACCCGUAGCCGGAGAACACUUGUACAGACAUAUGUCUCUUCUGGAUAUCACAAGUGGUGCAUUAGCUGAUCAGAUCUGAUAUUGGAUGUGUUACUGAUGGACAGUAGGGGGAAACUCACUCUGUAAAAGAAAAUUAAGUACAAAUGUAGUGGUUUGUAGGAUUUUUCAAUGUGGAGAUAUGAAUGCUUGGUGAAACUGCUUUUUACUUACGGUUUGCUGAUAGUAUCUUGAAAGAAUUCGGCAAAGGGCAAGAUUUCGUAUCAAUGCAAGAAUGAUGGUUUGACUGUAUCGAAAUUAACACUCUGGAAUUUUGAUCAGUGCCAUGAUUUCACUUGCAGACUAUUGAAGAGGGGUGCUGUGUGGCUCCUGAUGAGGCUGCAUGCAGCUUUUCUGUAACUGCCAAUGAAAUCUGGAUCAAGAUCCAGAUCCAACUAUUCUGGAAAAUGCAAUCAUACUUCACUCCACAGUUUUUUUUUUUUUUUUUUUUUUUUUUUUU